AUGUCCAACUCCAGUCCUCAAGGGCUGAGGGCCGCUCUCCAGAUUCUUCCCUGUACUGUGUCCCAGCUGCUGUCCGCCGCUUACGUCACUAAUGACAGCUUUGCAAUCUGCGAUCUGGAACUCAACCAGGUGUCUGUAGUGGGAAUAAUCCGAAGAUUGUGUCCCUCUGCGACUGACAUCCAGUACUUUGUGGACGACAUGACCGGGCCCCCGUUGAAUGUGAAGCAGUGGGUUAAUAUAGAGGGCUCUGCUGGAUAUCCGGCCGCUGCUAUAGGAACAUAUGUGAAAGUUAACGGAAGUCUACGAAAUAUUAAAGGGCAAAAGUCUUUGUUGGCGAUGAAUAUCCGUUGUAUUAAGGACCUGAAUGAGAUCACAUCCCACAUGUUGGAAGUGGUAAAUGCACACAUGCAGCUGUUUGGAAAGGCAUGUGAUGUAGAUGUGAAUAUGAACACUACAGCUGCAUCAUCGUCUGGUGUUCACACAAACCCAAAAGGACUAAAUGGUUCAUCCACCACCCAUUCACAGUAUAACCAUGCCAGCAGCGCCAUACGGUUGGGGAGUCACCAUGUCAUUCUUCACCAGGUGCUGCAGGUGAUCAGGAGAUUCCGUGAGCAACAUUUUGGCAUCAGUUUCCAGGAUCUGAAGACACAUUUGUAUUACAUCAGCGUGACCGACAUCAGAAAGUCCUUGGCGUUUCUGAUGAAUAAAGGCCAUGUUUUUCAUACAACUGACGAGCAUCAUUUCAAGUCUUCAGAAUAUUAG